AUGGCUGGUCGUUUUAAAGUUGGUAAAGGAGCUGUUACUGGCUCUACUCUGUUAGGAAUAGCUGCUGCAUUAGGCUACACUCUCUAUAAAUCAGUCUACACAGUUGAAGGUGGAUAUCGUGCUGUUAUGUUCAGUAGAGUCAGUGGUGUACAACAAAUUGUGAGAGAGGAAGGCCUCCAUUUUAGAAUACCUUGGUUUCAAUGGCCGAUAUACUAUGAGAUACGUGCUCGACCAAAGCUGAUGACAUCUCCUGGUAGCAAAGAUCUACAAAUGGUUAACAUUGGACUUCGAGUUCUGUAUCGACCAGAAAUUGGUGGCCUACCUGAUUUGUAUCGUCAACUUGGAUUGGAUUAUGACGAAAGGGUCCUACCCUCCAUCUGUAAUGAGGUCUUGAAAUCUGUUGUUGCUCAAUUCAAUGCUUCUCAACUCAUUACACAACGAGCUAAAGUUAGUAUGUUGGUCAGACAAAACUUGACAGAAAGAGCUAAAGAUUUCUACAUAAUUCUUGAUGAUGUGUCCAUUACAGAUCUUAGUUUUGGACGUGAAUAUACUGCAGCUGUAGAAGCUAAACAAGUGGCACAACAAGAGGCACAAAGAGCUCAAUUUGUAGUGGAAAAGGCAAAACAAGAAAGACAAGAAAAAGUUGUAAGAGCUGAAGGAGAAGCUGAAGCUGCUAAAAUGCUUGGGUUGGCCAUGACUGAGAACCCAGGGUUUCUUAAACUGCGUAAGAUCCGAGCAGCUCAACAAAAUUGCUUCUACGAUUGCUCAGUCACACAAAAUAGAGUAUAUCUUAAUGCUGAAACACUUAUGCUAAAUUUGUCACAUCUUGGUAUUGGAGAAAGAAUGGGAAACUCUCUUUUGUACCGGAAGAUUAUGGCAAAAAAGAUCCAACACCUCAACCAGCUCGAGCUCGUUCAAAACCUUCAAGCUCAGCAAAGUGCACGGGACGAACGUCGUCGACGUUUGGCUUAUUAUUCAAGUGGUACAGCUGCUGGUGGUGCUGCUAAUGCAAGUGGAACUACUGAUAGCACACCUAAUAGAGAUCUGGAGAAUCUUCUGGUGUUGCGAACAGCAGCUAAGAGAUGA